AUGGGAAUGAAGACUUUUGAUGGCACCCUUACUGCAUGGCCAUUAUUCUGGGAUUGGUUCCGAACCGCCGUACAUGAUCAACCAAUCCUUCCGCUAAAUAAAUUAACGUACCUUCGGGGCUGUCUUGUGGGAGCAGCAGCCUCAAUCAUAGAACCUCAUGCGCUACGCACCCAGAAUUAUGAAGUAGUUAUCACAGCACUAAAAAAGCAUACGAACGGCCAGCAGCAAUUAAACAAGCCUUAUACAGACAAUUGGAAAGAUUACCUAGGGCGAAAGAAGAAAAUAGAAUACGAGAAAUCAGAAUGGACAGUACCCAUCUUAAGAGAACGCCUAGCAACCUUUGUUAUUGCUGAAGAAAAUGUGGCAAAUAUAUUAGGCUAUGCCUCAAAAGAACCAUACAGUCCGCAUUGGGACACAGUGGAUGACAUCAACGCUAACAGCAAUCAACACGAAACAUAA